GCUACAGCGAGGCAUCACUGUGUACUCAAGUGCCAAACUCGUCGGAAGCUAAGGACUACGCGUCGAGAAAGUGGAGUUGACAGACUGGCUGUCGUGAUUUAGAAACCCUCUUCGUCUUUCUGGGAAUUUUUGUUUGGUUUCUUCCCGUGUUCCCCCUUGUGAUUUUUAGGCGAGGAGAUUUAUUGCGAGCCUGUGGAGAUGUCCUUUCCUCAGCUGGGGUUCACGCAGUUUCUAAACCCACCGCACGAGGUGUACGCGGGCGAGCGGCCGGGCUCCGCGCGGGAAGGAGGCGCGGACAGCGGGGUGAGCCCCUCAGCCUGCACCGCCGCGGCGGUGAGCUCCAUGCUCGGGAUGUACGGGAACCCGUGGGCCCACAACUACAGCGCGUUUCUGCCGUACGGCGGAGCCACAGACCUCGCCCUCAUAUCACAGAUGGGCCCCCAGUUCGACCUGAAGGAGAGUCCCGGAGCCCGGCCGGCCGCCCUGCCGGUCCACGCCGCCCAGGGCUUCUACCCAUACGGCCAGUACCCUUACGGAGACCCGUCCAGGGCCAAAGCAGCCACCCGGGAGACCACCAGCACGCUGAAGGCCUGGCUGCAGGAGCACCAGAAGAACCCCUACCCCACCAAGGGGGAGAAGAUCAUGUUGGCCAUCAUCACCAAGAUGACCCUGACGCAGGUGUCCACGUGGUUCGCCAACGCGCGCCGGCGGUUGAAGAAGGAGAACAAGGUGACGUGGGGGCGCAGCGCCGAGGACCGCGACGGACGGAUCUUCAGCAGCGACAACGAGGAGGACACCGCGAAGAACGGCAGCGACGACGAGGACGAGGAGGAGGAGAUCGACCUAGAAACGAUCGAUAUCGAGAGGCCAGAGGAGGGCCGCGGGGAUUUGGGGUGCGAGAAGGAUGAAGCGGGAGCGAGAGAGGGCUCUGAGUUGAAGACUUCGGAGGCCAGCAGCAGGGGGCUCUCAGAGGACGGCCUGAGAGCAGCGGAGCGGCCUGUCGCUCUCAUUAAGGCGCCUGGAGGAAAAAUAGCGAUGGAUAAUUCCCCGAUUAGACAGGAGUGUCAGAGAGCACCGCAGAGCAAACCUAAGAUCUGGUCUUUGGCAGAGAUCGCCACGAGCCCCGAUAACGCCCAGCACAAACUUUCUUCCCUACCACAAUAUACGCAACACCCCGCGUUAUCGUCCGCGGGCCAUCCGGCCUUAAUGCCGGGACAUGGGAUAUACACGUGUCAGAUCGGAAAGCUGCACAACUGGACCAACGCAGCUUUCCUGAACGCCACGUCUCUUGUAAACAUGAAGCUCCUUGGGGUGGGUCCGAAGGGCCAAUUACCUCUCCAGGCGCGUCAUGACGCGCGGCUGGGGAAUGUGUCCGGCGCCUCGGGGACCGAGGACGACAGCGAGGGGGAGUCCUCAGACGGGUUCAGUCCAAAACACGACGGGGAGGAGAGCGAUCACAGACCUAACUCUCCUAAAUCUUCUUUUCAGCUGAUCACUGACAGAUCACAUCACGGAAAAGCAGCACAACGAAUUCUGACAACGACAUUAUGAGGAGAAGGCAAAUGAAAAUGUUACAGAAUAAUUAUAUUAAAUGAAGAACAUUUUAGUAAGGGUAAUAUUUUUGACAAGGAAAUCUGUCGUCACGUGUUAGGCCUACAGUUUAGCUACAUGCGAAAGACAUGUUUUGGUCACACAUUUUCUUGUAUCCCUUUCCAUGUAUGUAUGUUUUUUUCUUUCCUCUUAUAUUGUGAAUGAAAACUUAAUGAAAUUUGUAA